UAUUGUCCCGAAAUAAAUUUUUCCUAUUAUAUUAUAUAAUUAUAUUUAUAUAUAUAUAUAUACUUGGUUUAUUUUCUAUCAAGGAUAUUUUUAACUUUUCAAUUAUUACCAUUGAAAUUUGUGAACAAAAGUUAUGGUGUCAUCAAAGUCGUACUUCAAACUGAAUUUAUUUUGGAUGGACUCAUACAGUGUGAACAGUCAGACAAAUAAAAUAUGUGUAUUUUACUUGUAGAUAUUCAUAGUACAGUGAGAGAUACGUGGUUUAAUAAGUUAAUAGAUCAUUAUACUUCCCCGAAACGUCAAUGCCAUGGUUUGAAUGACUUAUACAAUUGUUUAAAACAUUAUGAAUCAUCAAAAGAAUUUUUGAAAAAUCCAAAUGCAGUUUUUUUAGCUCUUUUAUUUAGACAUUUUGAAUAUGAUCCAAAGGAUACCAAUUGCAGUGAAGUUAACAUAAAUCAUUUCAAAAAAUUUGCUGAUGAAUCAAAACUCUGUAAUGAUUUAUGUGAUGAAGUGAUUUCAUUGUUAAAAGUAGCUUCAAUAAACAGUACAGAUGAACAUAAAAUUGAAGGUUGCUUUGGAUAUGAUGAUACACAUUACUUUUUAGAUAUUGACAUGGCUGUAUUAGGAAUGAGUCCAACAGAAUAUAAAAAUUACAUAAAUCAAGUUAGAAAAGAAUAUGAUUUCCUUGAUGAAAAUUCUUAUAAAGAUUUAAGGUUAAAAAUUCUUGAAAAUUUCCUACAAAUACCAAAUAUUUACGCUACUGAGUUUUUUAGACAAAAAUAUGAACUGGCUGCAAGAAGUAAUAUUCAAAAGGAAAUAAAUGUUUACAAAACUAUAUAGGAAGAGUCAUUAAAUUAAUUUUUACGAUGUAUUGUAUCAUAUGUUAUGUUUUGUUAAAUUUUGUUAAAUUUUAAAUUUGUUUUUUAUAAUAUUUAAAAAACAUGUGUUUUAAUUGCAAUGAUAAUUAUUACUAGUUAAUUGUUUAAAAAAUAAAUUUCAUUUUUGUUAUCCAA